AUGAGUCAUGACGUGUUGGCACAGACAAUCGACAAAUAUAAAGCUGCCAUGAACAUGAUAGUUUCCAGUGACACUGCAUAUAUGUCUAACAGUAACAAUCAGAUACAAUCGACUCGAGAAAACAAACACCAGAUGUAUAGGAGUAAUGGCAACGAAAGAGUUUCCCCCAGACAGACAUGUUUUUCUUGCGGAAAGACGUGUCACAUAGCAAAGCGCUCUACAUGGAAAAGUAGAGAUACAUUUACGGCCACUAGAAACGUCAUACGUUUCGAGACGAACAAAGAAACAAAAAGACCACAACAAAAACAUCAGAGGCAGCCAAAGAAGCAACCGCAACAACAUCAGGAACAAACUAAUGAUGAAAUAACAAAUUAUAAAAAAAAUGACAACAUCAGCUCCUCAAGAUAUGAUCAUAAACCUUCUGAUGGAACUCUACCACCCAGAUCGUCCAAUGCCGAGAAUUUUCCGGAGAGCCUCAAAACCCCUGCAAAGCCGACGACAUCAAAACAAGUUUCUGUAGGAUUUCCGUCAACACAUGCGUCCUUAGCAUCAUCGACUGACAAUGAGAGGACUCACACAGUUUCAGGAAGCUUGUCAGUGGCGUGUGUAACGUUGGAGCACCCUUCCCAUAAUCUACUGAAGGACAACAAUUUCAUCUGGAACAAAAAUUCAAGCAACUUGCCGUUGAAGAUGCCAAUAAAUCUGUUUCGGUUCUAUAGUUAUUGUUUGAAGAAAAGAUUUCGACCUGACUUGUUUGAGCACUUCCAAGAAGAGACCAUCAGCGAUUACCAAAGUGGCCAGUUAUAUGGCCUGGAAAAGUUUUGGGCUUUUCUCAAAUAUUCAAGGAAGCAUGUGCUGGUCGAUGGCAGGUUGAGGGGUUGGCUCAGCAAGUAUCGGAGACUGGAGGAUUUCAGAGUUGAACCCCCUCUCAAGUCAGACAGGACUCCAAAAGAUCAGAUCCAUCAAAAAAUAGAAGUGGUGGCCAACAUCACCAAAAACAUCAGAUGCGAAGCUGUGCCAAUAUCAGACUAUACAAUGCCCGAGUUUUUCACGAAACCUGCUCGUCCUGAUCCAGAUGCUAACUUUGGAACUCCAAAAAGUUUUGUAGCGCCAUCGACAAGUGAUGAGAGCAGGAAAGCUUUGUUGAAUGCCGAUGCAAGAAUCAUAGUUGACUUUCUAAUGCUGGUAUUUGUCCUAUCCAGCACAGCUGCAACUUUGGGAGAUAUAAUGUCUCUGCGAUGUCUGUGUUGUGUUGCAGAAUUUGUUUUACUUGAGCAUGCUGAUUGUACAAGAAAUUCUUCAUCAGAUUUAUCAUCUUCAUUAGAAUCAUGGCAAACGGAUGAUGCUGUUGAAUGUGUUGCACUGUCCAGUUGUUGGUCUGCAGCUGACUCUGCUGUUGGUGAUAACCCACUCCGUCCACGCAAUAAUUAUAACAAUGUUAUCACCAACAAUUUUGAUGAUGUAAACAACAAUCAUACCAAUGGUGACAACCUUAACAACAACAUCAACAACACCAACAACAACAUCAACAACAACAUCAACAAUAACAACAACAACAGUGCCAACACUGUAGAUACCAAUGCUACAACCUACAGCGCAAAUAUCAGUUGCAAUUGGAACCUCAUCAAUGGUGACAACCCUAACAACAACAUCAACAACAUCAACAACAACAACAACAGCAUCAACAAUAACAACAACAACAGUGCCAACACUGUAGAUACCAACGCCACAACCCACAGCGCAAAUAUCACUUGCAAAUGGAACAUCAUCACAAGAAGCAAGAAGAACCACAGCGAUGAUAAUAAUAAUAAUAACGUUAACAAUAAUAAUAAUAAUAACGUUUUUAAAUAUUGUCAAAAUAAUAUUAAGAAUAUGUAG